GAAGAAGUAUUAUAUGUACAAGCGAGGAACCCUUCGUCGCCGUGUGGGCUUGGAGAGAUCACGCUUGGGCUCGGGAAUGUAUGUACCUAUCUACCGAGGUACCCUUUCCUGCAUCAGUUGGUAUUGGUCCAUCCACACCGGAGGUGACUUUUACAUCAUUAGAAGAAUUUUUCAUCAAUCGGAAAGAUCUACGCGGUCAAAUAUGUUGGCGCUGCUGCUAGGGUUAAAGUGAAAAUUUCAUCGUGGUGAAACAAUCUAGUCCAGAGACUGUCUAACUGGUGUGUCUAGAGAGUUGUUUUGCGUUUUUAGUUGAUAAUAAAAUAUUGGCAACGUUUGCUGAAGAUAAAUGUGUGAUAAGUGGAAGUGCAAUUCAAAUCCCCACGACUGCGGCAGUUGCGAUACUCGGCACGGAAAAAAUAUCUUCGUGAGAUAAUGAUGCAGCACCGGUGAUGAGUCAUCUGAGGCUCCCCAAAUAGCCCCUGAAGCAAGUUCUUGGAAGGCUACACAGCAAGGUACAUUUGGAGGCUGCGUUUAUCAGACCACGGAAGUCAGUUUGCAGCUUGGCAGCAUUUCGAUCUCAUGACGUAGUUGUUGGGAACCAGUUCUGCCGCGUACUUACAGUGAAUAAGUUCCGAAGGGACGGACAGCCCAGCUGAAGUCAGUGAGUUAGAUUGGUGUUUGUUGCUAGUGAGACCUUAGAACUCCAUUUGUAACGAUGGCAGUGAAAGCGGUUUGUGCUUGGGCAAUAUUAUUGACCUUCAGUGCGUUGGUUAUGCCGGUGGCACUGGAACAAUGCCACGACGAUAAGCCUUGCCCGGAGGAUGAGUACUGCGACCAGCAUAGCUAUUCAUGUACUCCUUGUAGUGAAAUUUGCUCCAAUGCAAUGACGCGAGUGGAUUGCAAUAAGAAGUGUAAAGAUUAUCUGAUUCUGCAGAGAAUCGCCACCCUGGAGAACAAUUUAUACACCACCAUCAUAAUUUUCGCCGUCAUUCUCCUCCUGCUGGCAGUGACGGUAGUGGUCAUCAUCGUUCGGUGGUGCCGCAAAAGCAAUCACUUCUCCUGGUCCUUCUUGAAGCGACUUCUGGCUCGGGAAAAAUCCAACCCCCCAACGAUGGAGUACACCCACGAGAAUCCGCACACCAAGAGUCCCAAGCUUAGUACCCGCUCCGGAAGCAACAGCACCGCCCUCCCUCCUUUACCCCAAGUGGCAACGAUUGCCCCGCCCAGUACUUACAUGGGCUCGGACGUAGGUUCGGUUCAAACUGUUACCACGCCCAUCAACGGACGAUAUCCGGCGGAGGAUUGGAGAGAAAACCACGCUUACGACAACGGAGGCUUAGUGGUUACUCCUACGGAGAACACCUACGAGUACGUGGAAGCCAAGAUGAACAUGCGACGUCAGCUUCCGUUUCCGAAUUAAAGUGAGCUUCUGAGCUUUCGGAUUUUUUGUUUUCGAAGCAAAGUAAGACCGUUCCUUACAAAAAGUAUUUAUUUCGAAAUCGUAGAAAACGAACUCAAUUUGAUUUAGGCACAUCGGAAAAAAGUUUGCUCACUCAUUUACUCGUCUACAUCUUUCAUCACACACACAAGAAAAUGGCACUGAUUUGUGAGAUUCUAUACCUUCGUGUGAAGCUUAGAGUUUAUGUUAAAGCACAAAUUGCAUGGCAAUUCCGUUCGAUUUCCAGUUGUAAAUAUUGUCUACUUAUUUUAGAAAACAAGUCUAAACCAUAAAGUACAUUCAAAGUCGAAAAAAAGAAAAGCUUAUUUCAGUAUUGGUACUUUUAGAAUUUAAGUUUAUCAAUGUAUAGUAUUAAUUGUUGAGUCAAUAAUAAACCAGGAGAUAUCAAAGUCACGGUGCUCCCCAAACCGUUAUUAUCACGCUCCAUCAAAUCUGUGGUAAUCAGUCGCUUUAUUUAUUCUAAAACUGUAAGUCUGGACGAAAUUAAAAAAAAAAGUAGAACCCUAUUUGAAGUUACCCUAAUCCGGGAUAAAAUGGAUCAUCGGGAAAAAUUGAAAAGUGUUCAUGCGUAAAUUUU